AUGCCUAACGAUUUCGUGGGACUCUCCCUUGAAGAAGCCCUGAACAACUUUAUAUUUAAAAGCACUGUGAGAAUUGCCUUGCUGAACCAGGAAAUAAAGAGCCUUAGAAGGCUUACUACAGAGCGCACAGAGGCGUAUAAUGAUCUGUGUGGUGCAGUUCUCAAGCAUGCAGAUGACACCCGUCAGAUAGUUCAACACAUAGAAGCACUUUCCAUUGCGCAGGAGGAAAAAACCUCUCUUCUUGAGUAUUUAAAGGUAGCCACUCUGGAAAGUGCCUUUUACCAUAUGGGGCAUGCUUUAAUUGAAAUGAAAGGACUUCAGGCUGUUUCAAAUAUAAACACAUGCUUUGUUAGAAGGACCAAAAAGUACUGGGUUGAUUUAAAUAACAUUGAGACGCUGUGCGGGCUGAUCAUACCCCACCUACCUGUAUACAUCUUUGGAGAUGAUGGCAGCGGCAAGAUCUCUUCCUAUAUUUCAAGCGUCUAUUUUGACACAAACUCAUUCCACCUAUAUGAUAGAAGAAUCAAAAGAGACCAAGGCGCAAAGUCGCUCAGAAUUAGAAGCUAUGGAGAGUCGUCAAUUAUAUCAUACGUAGAGCUAAAGACCCAUGAAGAUGGCUGGACAGGAGAAAAAAGUACAAAGAAAAGGUUUCUUGUGCACACCAAACUUAUCCCAAAGUUGGCAAAAGGCAUAGAUAUAUGGGAAGAAAUUAAAACCAUAAAUACCAGUCUAAAUGAUGAAUCGUUAAUCCUAUAUCAAGAAGUUCUUUCUUUGAUUAGAGACCUUUCUUUAAAGCCUGUGGUGAAAACGGUUUACAGAAGAACUGCAUUCCAAUUCCCUGAGGAUUCUUCAAUCAGAAUAUCUCUGGACACAGACCUAGCUAUGUGGAGUGGGGAUGUAGGGAAGUACUUUCCAUAUGCCAUUUUGGAAAUAAAGCUGGAGGAAGGCAAUGAAGAGGACUGGGUGCUUGCACUGAUGAACAGCAGCCUAAUCAUGCCAGUCGAUAAGUUUUCAAAAUACCUUCAUGGGUGCUCUGUGCACUACUCUAGUGUACCCUCCAUUCCAUAUUGGUACAAUCAGAUCUCCAUGUCCUUCAAGCAAGACUUUCAAAUAACCCACGAGCCUACGCAAAAUAUAAAACUAGAGAAGAUAAAUAGCGAGAUAUCGAAUUUACUACACUCCAUAAUAAACAGGUCUAACCAGAGCAGCUAUACUUCAGAUGAGGGAAGAAAUUACAGCAGUGAAAGCUCAAGUGGGUCAAAUAGCACCACAGCUCUUCUUACUAAUUGCUACCUAAACAGCAGCAGACAGCCCAAUGAAGUUGCACAAAAUAGCAGUACAAGUGCCUCUCAUAAUGAAUAUUUAAGAGAAGAAGCAGAGAGGCCACCCGGUGUUUCCUAUGAAGCAAGUGAGACAAAUCAGUGCUCUGAAACUUCUCAAAUGGGCUGCGAAUGCAGUGGUCUUAAUUGCGGUAUGCGCUCUCAAAACACGCAACAGCCUCAAACACAAAACAUGCAACAGAUACAUACAAAAAACACAAAUGUAAACAGACAAACAAUGAACACGGAAGAAACACCCGAAAGAGACUUUUUCCAACCAAGUGCCCUCAGAAGGCCUGGAGAGCCUGCUGUGCCAUCUGUACCAUCUUCUAAGCCUGUUACUGUUCCUGUAAGAGUUGAGCCAAAGGUCUUUUUUGCAAACGAAAGAACUUUCCUAUCUUGGUUGCAUUUCGCCAUCUUUAUUGGUGGAAUUGGAGCCGCAUUAAUGGGCUUGGGGGACACCCACGCAGCCCUCUCUGGUGUGUGCUUUAUUAUAGUUUCUGUUAUCUUUUCCAUCUAUGCUUUGUACCUGUACAUGUGGAGGGGUAAUAAAAUUAAAGAAAAGGACCCUGGCCCAUACGACGAUAACCACGGGCCAAUCAUUCUUGUUGCUGUCUUCCUCUCUGCAAUGGUUACUUCUGUCUUUUUUAAGUUUCCCUUGAAGUGA